CAGACGCAUACGCACCCAGGAGAUACAGCGAGCGAGCGACCAAAGCCAUGGCUCUCCGCACCCUGGCAUCGAAGAAGGUCCUAUCCUUCCCGUUCGGCGGCGCGGGCCGGCCGUUGGCGGCGGCGGCGUCUGCGAGGGGGGUGACGACGGUCACACUCCCCGACCUCUCCUACGACUUCAUCGCGCUGGAACCGGCCAUCUCGGGGGAGAUCAUGCGCUUGCACCACCAAAAGCACCACGCCACCUACGUCGCCAACUACAACAAGGCGCUGGAGCAGCUUGACACUGCCGUCUCCAAGGGCGACGCCUCCGCUGUCGUCCAGCUGCAGGGCGCCAUCAAGUUCAACGGCGGUGGUCAUGUGAACCAUUCAAUCUUCUGGAAGAACCUCAAGCCCAUUAGCGAAGGUGGCGGGGAGCCGCCUCAUGGGAAACUUGGCUGGGCCAUCGAUGAGGAUUUUGGUUCGUUUGAGGCACUUGUAAAGAAGAUGAAUGCAGAAGGCGCUGCUUUACAAGGGUCUGGAUGGGUGUGGUUAGCUUUGGAUAAAGAGGCAAAAAAGCUUUCAGUUGAAACAACAGCUAAUCAGGAUCCUCUGGUGACUAAAGGUGCAAGCUUGGUUCCGCUGUUGGGGAUUGAUGUCUGGGAACAUGCAUACUACCUGCAGUACAAGAAUGUUAGGCCGGAUUACCUGAACAACAUCUGGAAGGUGAUGAACUGGAAAUAUGCUGGAGAGGUGUACGAAAAUGUUCUUGCUUGAAUUGUCUUAACGGACAAUACACAUCUGCGCGCGCGGGUUUCGGCUGUUUGAUCAUGUGAAAUAAAGAUGGACCUGUCUAGCGGCUGGACCUUGUGUACAUUUCACUGAGAUAGACUAAUGCACGGCCUGCCGAUUUUGUUCGUCCUGCUUGCGUGCUACUCUGUCUCUGCUCCUAGUUUUUGGCAUCAUGUUUAUGUUGAGCAAGGUGAUGCCCAAGGGAAGCCAUUCCCACUCUUGUCUCCAUUAAUAAAAUCAGCUGAGCUUCCG